AUGCGCGCGGCGUCAUCGCGCUGCAGCGACUCGGAAGAGGACGAGGACGCAUGGUCGCGUGACGACGACUACGCGACGCCUCCGCGACCGUCCUCGUGUGACGUGUCGCGUGACGGCGACGAGGCGGCCCCCCAUCCUGCUCCGGCGCUUCCGCGCCAUCGACCGCCGGGAGCCGACGUGACGGGCGAGCGACGUCAGCGGCGCAUGCGUUGCUGCGAGCCGGUCGCGUCGGCCGCCGAUUGCCGCGGUGGCUCGUCGGGUCACGAGGCCGCCGCGGCCGGUCGCAGGGCCAUGCCGAGUGGCCUGAUGAGGCCGCUCGUGGUGCUCGCCUUCCCGGGCAUGUACCUGGUCUACAAGAUCAGCGAGUUCAAGCGCCAGCAGCAGGAGCACAACCGGCGCAAGGUCACCGAGCGGGAACUGGCACACCUCAACCACAAAAUCGACAAAUUGCUCACGAAGCUGGAGGAGCAUGAGCCGGAGUUGGCUACAAGUCAAGAAGAGGAGUGCGUGGUCUGCGUGACAGCCAAGGCUAGCAUGCAGACAUUCCCGUGUGGCCACCGCGUCGUUUGCCGCAAGUGCUUCGUCAAGACCAUCCAGGUGGCCGUGUCGCAGCGCGUGCUGCCCCUGCGCUGCGUUAUUUGCCGCACCAAGAUCGUGCGCCUCAAGCACUCGUCGCAUGGACACGCUACGCCCGUCACGCCAGGCACACGUGCCCUGCUGGCACCAUGCGAAGCGCUGGGUCCGACCCGGCCGACACAUCCCUGGCCGCAGGACCUGCGCGGACCCGUUGAACCACUGCCCGCCAGUCAUUAUCGGCACAGUGCUGAAGCGUGCCGCUUCCACAGGCACCGCAGCUCAGGGGCCAGUUCUUCCACGCUCGCGUCACCCGAAGCGGCCUCGUCGAGCAGCAGAAGCAUCUCCAUCGGCCGCCGCGUCUCUUCGCCGCUACCGACCAGUUCGGGAGCCUCCAGUCCGACGUCGAGCUGCCCCACGAGCCCCGAGGACGUCCCCGAGGUGCCCAGAGGGCGCCGCAGCUGCCUCACGCGAGCGGUGGUCCAUCCGCCACCACCACUUCACUCGCCUCCGACGCAGCCACCGAAAGCCGCCUGUCCCCCACCACCACUGCCGGCGCGAAGCCCCAGGACUCCAGUUUCCGAGUCUCCUUUCGGUACGCCAGAGAAAGAAGCGGCCAAACCGACGACGCCACCUCCGAGGGCAACCGCCACUACGAAGACGAAAAGUCCGGAUGGAUCACCAAAAGAACGCGUCUCUCAUGCACCAACCAAGACAUCACCGGACCGGCCUUCACCACCCAGGCUUCAGCCUCCACCGCCGGUGAAGUCACCGUCUUCACCAACGGCGCCGUCGACGACGGCAAAGAACGCUGGCGCGGUGCUUUGUCCAGCGGCGUUGUCCAGCGUGGUUCUGGCUCCUCCGCCCGCCGAGGUUCGCAGCCGCCGUGGUGGUCAGCACCGAGUGAGUCCGGCGGGAAGCGUCACUGCACCGACGGUACUGCCGCUCACGGUACGGCCGCCGCCACCCAAGCCGCGGCCACCGUCACGCUUCGAGAGGUUCCGCGACCUGCACGUGCGGCGGCCCACGUUGUUGCUACCGAUCCCGGAGAAGGAAGAGUCCGAAGCACUACUCGAAGCGGCCUUCUGCCGCGUGGCGCCCGGUGCAUCCGACCUUCUGGUCAGCGCCUCGUCACCCAAGAUUGUGCUGCAGGACCGAGCGCCUCUGCUUCAACCGGAUUCGCCGGACCGCCGGCGGACUUCGCUGCGCAGCCAGCUGCGUUCCAAGAUGGCGGGCUUUCCGAGCCUGCUGGGAUCGCCGCUGAGGGCGCUGCGAGGCGGCGCACGUCAUAGGCGUGUGCCAGACGUCAACUAAACGCCGGCUUCCUCCAGAUAGAGGAGGCUUGAUUGCCACGAGACGAGGACCUCCGGGCGAAGGUCGCCCCCUUCGUGGCGGAGGUCCCCGAGGCCAGUCACGGCCCCCCGACGACAACACGGCGAGAGGGCAGCGACUACCCUUCAAAGUAACCCCCGCGGCCCCCGCUCAACAAGAGCCGCCAUUCGCGCCCUGUAAGGCAGCAGCCGAUACAAAACACCGAGUACCGGACACACAACCAGGAGCUGCCCGCAAGGUCCAGUGGACGAGCACAACGAAAAUUAAGGUGUCGCUCGACGCCUGAUGGCAGGCAGCAGCGCCCACGGCUGCCUCGUGAGAAGAACGUGCCAAAGAGGGGCCCCCCUCCCAACCCCCUGGUGUCUGUACAUAGGCAAUCUCUUCCCGUAGUCUUCCCACAGAGUCGUCCACCCGAGUUCAGUAUUGAGUGUCGUGCAACCGAGGCCGCGGCGGCCAAUCGCGCCACGAGUGCCAUACCACUUAAGCUCAGAGAGGGAUUGGCAACGUAUGCUCAGCAGGCGAGCCACGUCGUUGAAAUGGUUGAAUAUAACCUAAAAUAAGCGAAACUGCAGAUACGAAGCAAAUACCUCCUCCCUCGAGAAGUUCGAACUAAUGGCCUGCGCAGUUUUCAUGCUGAUUGAAAAAAUCUUGAGAGUACAAGCAUAGCACCCACAUAGACGCCAGCAGAUAACAUAAAAGCUAACUACAAGCGAUGAUAGCAGUUUAAUGGCAGGAACAUGGACGAUUAUUUAGCUACCAGAUUCAUUAAUACUUCCAACUGUUGAAGGGCCUUGCUCAUUUUAAUGGUUCUCUAUGCGCUAUGAUACAGGACAAAACGCAUGUGGUCGGUCUACUGAGAUAGAAAACUUUGUACAAGCUUUCGAAGUAAUCGCAAGUGAAAACACUUUCGUCUGUUCGCGGGACCCUUAAAAUACGGAGAAAAUCACUAUAGUCACCCUAGGUGCUUUAUGAACCAUCAGAACGCAUCUUCUUUAUCCUGGAACAAUUUUAAUCGUCCCAUAAAGGAGACGUUGGUCACAUUCAUUCGCACAGCAUCUCGAUAGUGGGAGCGAAAGAAACGGAAGUGCACGAAUCGGCUGCGCCGAUGAACAUUUGCGAAGCUGCUCUAGGGUUAGUAACUUCUACGAUAAGAAAAGUCUGCUAAAUAAGCACGUUGGCAUUAGGCUUUUAGCUUGAUCUUCCCUCUCUUCUUCCAUGUAAUGCCUCGGCCACGUGCGCACGAAGCGACGAUCGCCGAGAACAGAUCUCUCAAUGUCAAAGUGAU